GACUAAGACUUCUCCUCUGCUGUCCAAGCGCUUUGGUGCAGGGACAGCGGCCGUCUUCAGCCAAUCCAGUGCAGGCUCUCCAUCGAAGGCUGGCUCUAGACUGGUGGUAUGCGUUCGAUAGCAUAGUCAUGGCCGACUGCUGCUUGUGGUUCUGACGAUUGUGCUUCUUGUUAAUCCUCUGUUGUGCUUUGACUCCUUGUUGCAAUGGGACAAUUUGGAAACGAUUCUUUGCUAAGCCGAGAAGAGGACUUCCCUGUGGGAACUGAGCCUCCUCCGCAUGCCGUGCUGUGCAUCUGAAUUGCACCCAGGGCUGUUUUUCCCUUUUCCAAGUGGACUCCCUCGUGGAAGCUGCAGCUCGGUCGUCCAGAGAAGGGCCAGGCCGUGAGCUCUCUUCGAGGACAAGGAACUCAAGAGGACAGCCUGUCUCACAGCAGCCGUGCAGGCUUCGUGCUCAGCCAGUUCAUUUGAGUUUGCAUGUUUCUCUGCACUAUGGAUUUUGAGCAUUUAGAUUUCUUUAAUCAGAUACAUUUUAACCACUACAGUAGACAUUUUCUUUCUGAGGUAUUGUGCUUUGCAUGGGAGCAGGCCAAAAGUUGAGGGGGAAAAGUAAAGUUAAAAUCGGUUCUCUUUCAUAGCAACACGUAUUGUCUGACAUCAGCCAGCCUCUUUUUUUUUUUUUCCAAUAAUUUCUCUGCUUUCCUGUCCUGAUUCAGAAAAAGCAGCUAGAAUGUUCCUCCAUUAACUCUUGAGAUUCACAGGACUGUCUAGCUCUGAGUCCUAUCAUUAGACAACUUAGAGGAGUAGUGACUUUAGAUAAUGCAGAUGGAUGUCCCAGAGUGCCGGAGGGCAUUGCAGUUCCUCUUGCGCUUGGUUUUCAGGAAUUACAUGAACGACAGCCUUCGCACCGACGUGUUUGUGCGGUUCCAGCCCGAAAGCAUUGCCUGUGCCUGCAUCUAUCUCGCCGCCCGGACGCUGGAGAUCCCUCUGCCCAGUCGUCCCCAUUGGUUUCUUUUGUUCGGAGCAACUGAAGAAGAAAUUCAAGAAAUCUGCUUAAAAAUUCUGCAGCUUUAUACACGGAAAAAGGUUGAUCUGACACACUUGGAAGGUGAGGUGGAGAAGAGGAAACACGCCAUCGAGGAGGCAAAGGCGCAGGCCAGGGGCCUGCUGCCCGGGGGCACGCAGGUUCUGGACAGCACGUCCGGGUUCUCCCCUGCCCCCAAGCUCGUAGAAUCACCCAAAGAAGGCAAAGGGAACAAGGCUUCGCCGCUCUCUGUGAAGAGUACUAAGAGGAGAGCGGAGGGCGUGAAGAAAGCCAAGGCUGACAGCCCCGUUAACGGCUUGCCAAAGGGGCGAGAGAGUCGAAGUCGGAGCAGGAGCUGUGAGCAGAGCUACUCGAGGUCCCCAUCACGAUCUGCUUCUCCCAAGAGGAGGAAAAGCGACAGUGGCUCAAUGUCUGGCGGGUCCAAGUCACAGAGCCGUUCUCGGAGCCGGAGCGACUCCCCACCGCGACAGGCACACCGCGGCGCUCCCUACAAAGGCUCUGAAGUGAGGGGCUCCCGGAAGUCCAAGGACUACAAGUAUCCCGCUCAGAAGCCACACAAAUCUCGGAGCCGGAGCUCCUCCCGCUCUCGGAGCCGGUCACGGGAGCGGGCAGAGAAUUCUGGAAAAUACAAGAAGAAAAGUCAUUACUCUAGAGACCAGCCGCGGGAACGCUCGAGGUCGUACGACCGCACGGGCCAUCGCUACGAGCGGGACCACCCUGGGCACAGCAGGCACCGGAGGUGAGGCGGGGUCCUGCUGACUGGCAGGCACGGGCCCCUUCCCCUUGGCUUGCCUGUCUGGCGGCUGCCCUCGGACCCUCCCUGUCGUGCACAUCGUGGUCGAGUGGCCCUGCGGCACGAUUCUUUCUGGAACUGGUGUAUGGCCAGACUCUGAGAUGAAUUUGGAAGUGGAAUUGAGGGGACGGCGAGGUGCGCUUCAGGCUGGCCUGGGGCUCAGCACACACCUGUCCCACCUCGGCAGGAGCCCUGUGGCAGCUCGGUGGACGAGCAGACCCACACGGCCCGUGGCGUGGCCUGGUGCUAUCUGUCGGCAGCCACCUCCCCACCCCCACCAGUGCUCAAUUACGUUAAGCCAAGAAGGAUGAUUUUUAGAACCUCUGCCUAUAUUAGGUUGUACUAUGUACAUAUUUUGCAGUGUUUCACAGUGAGAAAAAUGGCCUUAUUCUCUGUCCAUGUUGUAAAUAAACAUGUGUUUAAAACAAGUUAAAGCUAUAUAUGAAAAGUCAGAACUUGAAUUCUGUCAGCUUAAAACUUGCGUAGAGAAUUCUGAUUUUUUAACUGUGAACGUAUUUAGAUCUGUGUUGAAAGUCGUAUAUUUUUAUCUGUGCAAUGCUGAGUGCAGGCCACCAGCUCCUAGAGAAGUUUCCUAUAUAUGCAUUUUAUGUGGUUGAAUAAACACAACUCUGCUCAGGA